AUGGCUCGUCUCUCAGGUUUGCAGCGUGAGGUCUUGAAACUCUACCGCACUUGUAUAAGGACGAUUCGCACCAAGCCAGAGGAAACUCAACUCCAUUGGAGAGCCUAUAUAAGAGAAGAGUUUGGGAAGAACAAAGCCAUACCUAAAAAGCUGUUCAGUGUAAUAGAGCAUCUUAUCCGCGUCGGCCAUCGUCGUUUUGAAAUGUAUCUGAAUCCACAAAUUAAGGACAUCCAUUAG